AUGCCAGGAAGGCACGCGCAACAGCGCCACCAGAGGAUCCUCGACCAGCUCCUCUUCGGCUGGCGCGACUUCUGCUCCUCGCAGCUGUGGCGGAGGGCCCGCCUGGAAGAGCGAUUCAGCAAGCGCCUGCUCCGUCCUCUCCUGGGCGCCUGGCGGUGGCUUCACCUCAGUGAGGCUUGUAUUCGGGCCAGGGCCUCCCAACGCCGCUUGGCCCUGGCGCACUGCAGCUUCGGGCGCUGGCGCGCGCGUGCGGCGCGAGGGCGGCAGCGCCGAUGGGUGGAGGCACAGCAACAUGCGGAUGACAUCCCAGUCCUGCGCGGGGCUUUGCACGCAUGGCUUCUUCAGCGCGGACGUGGCAAGGCUGCCCGUCAAUACUGGCGCCGUGUGUAUCUGCUCCUGACAGUUCCAGUGGAGGCCGAGAAGCAGAGCCGCCUGCGCAGACACAAGCUCCAGAAGCAUGCUUGGCGCUGCUGGCGCGAAAGCGGUGCCAUCACCAGGGACCUGUUGGCAAAGUUUCGGAGGAGGGAGGCUGGCUUCUGCGCCGCUGCGUUCCGUGCUUGGCAAGGCCAGAUGCGUUGUGCGGGUACCUUGGAGACAUCGGAGUGCUUGCUGGAAGUGUCGGCGAGCACCGAUGUGCUCAGCACCUCCCAAGAGGCUGAUCGCCACAACAGGGAGAUGGGUGAGAUGAGCGUUUUCUUCGAGAUUUCCACAAGUCUCUCGGAGAUCAGGGAGGUGUCGCCGACCGCGAGUGACUCUAAGCACUCCGUGCAUUCCGACAAGGAGGCAUUUCAAGAGGUCCAACCGGUCCCAGAGCCGAAGCCCGAGCCACCAGAGCCACCAGAGCCACCGGAGCCACCGCCACCAGAGCCACCGAAGCCAGAGCCGCCGAAGCCUGCGCCCGGGCCAAAUCCGGGUCUCCGUUCCCUCGUGCGCUCUCUCCCCUCGCCCUCGAGAUCCCGCUCCGCCUCCUUGGCAGGCUCCGACUCCGACCGCUCGAAGCAAGGGACCCCGGCAGAGCCUUGUGGAGACAGGGGGAUCGGAACCCGCGAAGAGAGGACCCACGAGCGGACUCCCGCCCGCGCGAGCGGUGCCGCCCGCGGGGCGCUCACGACUUGCUGGUCGGCUUGGAAACAUGAAGCCAAACGAACGGGCUUUCUCCACAAGAGAUGGUCGAUGGCUUCGGCCAUGAAGCAGUGGCAGGCGUUUAGCAGUGGGCACCAUCACCUCCUGUGGGCUUGGCGGGCCUGGCUUUCAGACCUCCGGCGAUGCCAAGCCGCUGAGGGCCGCGGCCGGGCCCUUCACCAGCACUGCCUGCUGCGCCGGGCCUUCGGCGGCCUCCGCCCUGUGCGGAGGCCUUGGGCAGAACUCCGUCGCCGGAAUGCUCGGCAGGCGGCGCUGCUGCUCCACAUUUCCCUCAGCCGCUGGCGCCAGCGCUGGCAGGACGCCCGCCACGUGGUCGGAUUUCUCCGAGCUUUCAUCUCGAAGUGGCGGCUAUCGUUUUGCUGGGCCCCAUGGUGCGAGCUGGUGAGACGCAGCGCUGAGAAAGGUCCUGGAGUCUCCUGGGAAAUCUCUGCGAUUUCAACGGAUUCGGGAUCUGCCCUCGAGCGCAGCCGCGCCUCCCAGCGUUCCGAGGGCCUUGGACGUGGGAGCAGCUGCUCAGAGCUUUUCGUGGAGGCCAGGAUGCAGCAGGUGUCCCGCGUGGCUGCGGCGCUGCGGCUGCGCGCCGCGGCGUCUGCAAAGUGCCUGGUGCAGCUCUUGGGUGCCUGGCGCCAGGUCAUGAGGGUCUCGCGCUUCGACGCGAGGAGGGCAGCGCGCCAGCGACAGGAGGAGCUGCACUCCUUCCUCUCCUGGCGCCGCGCUGCGCGGGCUGCCCGGCGCCUCCGCCGCCUGAUGCUGCAGGGAAGGUGCCGCCUCCUUGGAAAGAGCUUCGCCACCUGGCGGCAGUGGCGGAGACGGCUCCUGGUCGCCUGUGAGCUGCAGCACACAGUGGAGCACGGCCUCCGGCGGAAGGCGCUGCGUUCUUGGCACCGCCACCGCCUCGCAGGACAGCUUCACGGCAGUGGCCGUCUGGUGGCCGGUCGCGGCGCCUUGGGUGCCUGCUUCCCGCAACAUGCUUUGGAACAUGACAACCUGGCAAGAUUGUGGCUCAGCAUCUCGUCUGUUUCGGCGUCCCUUCUUCUGGCGGGAGCCAGAACCAUGGCCCACGUCGACGAGGAACACGCCCAGGAGCUCCUGGUGGAGGAAUCCAAGCCGGCAGCGCCGAAGCCGCUUCGCUGGCAUGUUCUCGGUGGCCUUGGGGUUGCUGCGGCCGUGGCCUCGAUCGGUGGCGUUGGGGUUCUGGCUGCACAAAGCCAGGCUCAGCAUGUCGGACACACGCCAGUAGCUGGAAAUGCCCUGAGCUCGGCGGGUGGCCAUGGCUUGGUAAAGCUUUUCGCCGUCACCAUAUCCAAGACCGGAAAACACGGACACGCAAAAGCCGUCUUUGUCGGCAUCGACAUCUUCACGGGAAAGAAGUACGAGACUCUUGCUCCGACUUCGCACCUUGUUGAUGUGCCGAAAGUGUCGAAAGGUGAGUACGACGUCAUGGCUGUUGAGGAUGGAGUGGUAACGCUGAUGGAUGCGGAGGGUGAAACUCAUGAGAUGGAGGUAGAUGUUGACGACCCCGUCAUCAAGGACAUGGCGAGGGAUGUCAACGAUAACAAGGACGUCCUGGCUACGACCAUUGCCGCAAUGGGAACCACGAAGAUCAUAGGUCACAGCGUCAUCCAUUGA